AUGCUUGAUAGAGUUCAAAGCUUCGUGCUAUUUGUGCUGAGUCUCUUUUUGAGAGUUCCAUUAUGGCUUUAUGGUAAAUACGUUUUACCGGUGCUGUAUGUCUUACCAGUCUUUCAAACGUAUAAAACCGAUAACUUCGUGUAUGCCAGCAAGCUUGUGGAAGAAGUGGUAAAUGCGAGCGAUAUUGUUGAUAUUUGUCGAGCGCAUGGAUUUGAAGCUCACGAGCAUAUUGUGAAAACACAAGAUGGGUAUUUGUUAACAGUGCAUCGCAUUGUCAGCCGUCAUACUGCUAUCCAAGACCUCACACUCAAGAAAAAACCGGUUGUGUAUUUCCACCACGGGCUUUUGACAAAUAGCGAAUUGUUCUUACUGGGGGAAUCCACUGGGAAAUGUCUGCCUUUCUUGCUUGUGGAACGUGGAUACGAUGUUUGGUUAGGCAAUAAUCGUGGUAAUAAGUACAGCAGAAAACACAUCAAUCUGUCGUCGAAAUCUUCGCAAUUCUGGGACUUUUCGCUCGACGAAUAUGCCAUUUUUGAUAUCCCCGACACACUCGCGUACAUUUUGAACGUUACCAGACAGCCUAAACUGACGUAUAUUGGGUUCAGCCAGGGUUCCUCGCAAGCGUUUGCCGCUUUUUCGAUAAAUCCACAAUUGCGUGAAAAAAUCAAGUUGUUCAUCGGACUUUCGCCAGCGAUGAUUCCACGGUCUUUAAGCCACCCGGUGGCCAAGUUCUUGGUGACGUGUCCGCCCGAGCUAUUGUAUGCCAUUUUCGGGACCCGAGCCAUUCUUCCUUCAACAGUCUUCUGGCAACAAUUACUGGGGCCCAUAAAUUACAUGAAAGUGGUCGAUUGGUCGCUAGUUUACCUUUUCAACUGGAAAAGUAACCAUAUUGGCACCACGCAAAAGCAGGUGGGCUACCCACAUAUGUUUUCUCCCUCGAGCGUGAAAAGUGUCGCGCACUGGUUCCAAAUUAUCAACAGUGAACGGUUCCAAAUGUUCCAGGAAAACGUUUCUCAGCUGUAUUCAUCGGUGCCCUCUCUACACAGCAAACUGCACCGAUGUGCGCCGUUUCCAGUGCAAGUUAUUGAAAACAUGCCCAUGAUGCUGAUUUACGGCGACCAAGAUAUUUUGAUAGAUAUGGACACCACCAAGCAGAAUCUCAUGCGUAAUCUGAACGAUCUUACUCUCGUUGAACUGCAAGGAUACGAGCACAUGGACACGCUGUGGGCCAACAACGUGGUCGAACAGGUAUUCCAACCGUUGAUGAAAAAGCUAGACGAGGUCCACAAAAACGAAAAUCUCAGCGAUACCGAUACUGACACCAGCAGUAAUUGA